UAACCCGCAGUCUCAUUUCACAAGAAGAUCACAUAUCGCGCGAACGCCAUAAUGUCUUCCAUGGCCUUUCUCUUGAUGCUGGCAGUCUACACGGUAACAAACGCAGACGCCGUGCUGGGAAAGUAUAAGGAUGAAACUGCUACGAGGAGGAUCCACUUUCCUAAACCAGGCCGCUGUAACGUGGGACUCUUGAUGAACCCUGAUUGGGAUAAGCUGCAAGGAGAAUGGUUGGAAAUGGCCAUCACCAGACUUUCUACACACAACGAAGAAAGGUACUUGCAGAACUACCAUCAACGCUUGACGUACGUCAGCGAGGAAGGCACUGUGUAUGUCGCUAAUGAGACAGGAAUUUGGUCCAACGAAUCAGGAUGUCUGAAAUGGGAUUAUACCUAUAAAACGACAAAACAACCGGGUGUACUGGCAGCCGUAAAUGAGGACGGCAAAAUCCUAUUUGAAGGUUUUGUCGUUGACAUUGCCUACGACUACUAUAUGUGCGCCAAGUACUUUGCCGACUUAGAUGAGUACCAGUUUACUCUUUGGAGCAAAAAAAUGUUCUUCAGCGCUUCUGAGGUGGUCAACAUAGUUAACCGUAUCUCAUCGGAUCCUUGUCUUAGAGAAAAAAGGUUUUAUCCAGUUGUGCAAGACGGACGGUGCGGCCUACCUCCAGGGCAAGAGUAAAACGCUCAACAAAACACUACGUCCAGCGAGUUACUGUAGAGAACAAUUUGAGAUUUUGAAAUCAUGUAACUUCGCAUCUAUUGAAUAAA